AUGUUGAAGAAGCUUGUCUGUAUCUUUUUCCUUUAUAUAUUUGCAACAAGUGGUCAGGAACUCGAAGAAUUAGAUAAGAAUAGUCUCGUUCCCAAAAGUCGAGUAAGACGUAUAGCCUUCCCACCAGACAGUACGCUUGAGAUUACUGCCGAAUUGCUAUUGCCCAUUCCUUUAGCAAACGGAGUCACUAGCGCUGUCUGCAUUGAACUCCCUGUUGCUGUUGCAGUGCCACCUGCUGCAACGUUUUUCGCUACUUACUACAAAACAAGAAGUAUAGCAGAGAACAGAUUAGGAUUUUUUAGUGGGGUUGAGACGAUGCUAAAGCGAUUUGGAAUAGAUGGAAAAGAGUGUGUUCUGAGGACCAUAUGUGAGGUGGCAGAAGUACCAGUAUUAGAAGACGGACUUCUGGGAGAAGUUUUGAACUUGCUUCUUUCAGCAUCUAAAGUGCCAGACGAGUACAAGUUACUAGAAGAUUACGUAAACGCUGAGAAGUAUGGAAGAAAAAAUGGAAACUGUGAAGAAGCUUAUUCAAAAUGUCCGUUUUCAUUAUUUAAGGUGUUUGAAAUUUAA